CGCGUGGAGUCGGUCCCGGGCGCGCGCGCUCCCCCCGCCCAGCCCCGAGCGGCUCGCGGCCGGCUCCGCGCCGCAUCGCCCGGUGCCCGCAGCGCAGCGCCGCGGCCUUUCGGCAGCCGAACGGCGGCGGCGGAUCAGGACAAAGAGGCGUGGGCAGGCCGCUGGACCAGCUGGUGCCACCAUGGCAGAGAAAGUGAACAACUUCCCACCACUGCCCAAAUUCAUCCCGCUGAAGCCAUGUUUCUACCAAGACUUUGAGGCAGACAUCCCUCCCCAGCAUCUCACCAUGACCAAGCGCCUCUACUACCUCUGGAUGUUGAACAGCGUCACGCUGGCCGUGAACCUGGUGGGCUGUCUCGCGUGGCUGAUCGGAGGCGGGGGAGCCACCAACUUUGGCCUCGCCUUUCUCUGGCUCAUCCUCUUCACACCCUGCUCCUACGUCUGCUGGUUUCGGCCCAUUUACAAAGCCUUCAAGACCGACAGCUCCUUCAGCUUCAUGGCAUUCUUCUUCACCUUCAUGGCCCAGAUGGUCAUCAGCAUCAUCCAGGCCGUGGGCAUCCCGGGCUGGGGCGUCUGCGGCUGGAUUGCCACCAUUUCCUUCUUCGGAACGAACAUUGGCUCAGCAGUGGUGAUGCUCAUUCCCACCGUCAUGUUCACGGUCGUGGCCAUCUUUUCCUUCAUCGCCCUCAGCAUGGUUCAUAAAUUUUACCGGGGCAGUGGGGGGAGUUUCAGCAAAGCUCAGGAGGAGUGGACCACGGGGGCAUGGAAGAAUCCGCACGUGCAGCAGGCGGCCCAGAAUGCAGCCAUGGGGGCGGCCCAGGGUGCCAUGAAUCAACCGCAGACUCAGUAUUCUGCCACUCCCAACUACACAUACUCCAAUGAGAUGUGAACCAGCCAAGCCUACCAGGAGGCAGGGCUGAGGCCAUUGGGACAGGGGGCUCAAGCCACAUCGUAUGUUGUGGUGACCAAGCAGGGUUCCCCCUUCCCUUUUCUCCUUCUCCCCCACUUUGUAUAAAGAAUCAGAGUUAUAUAUGUAUAUAUGUAUAUGUCUGUCCCCUGCUCCCCACCUUUUGGAUUCUGCUUUUGGCACUCCAAGAGCUGUGGGCUGCACGUGGAGCUGUCCUGUGCGGUAGUAGCUGUCCGUGUCCCCUCAUGAAAUA